AUGUUUCAAGCCUGUGGUGAUCAAGAGAUUAAACGUCUCAAAAACCGAAACUUCAACAUGGAAUGGCAUAGGGCAGGAUUGCCGGGGAUCAUCCAUGUUUUGAAAGGGGCAGGGCCUGAUGUAGGCCUUUCAAACGGUGCAGCAGGCGGUGGAAACUUCCCCUGGGAAGAUAGGGAACAAUCGGAGGACUUUAUUUCCCACCAAAAUGGUGAAAUGGCUCGCGCGCCAAAUUUGGUAUGGGCUGCAAGCCCCUCUUUCAGAGGCUCGCUUUGCGAGGUGCCCGUGGCACGCUGGGGUCCCCCCAGCCCUCCGAAACGAGGGGAUUGUGUUAAGCUAGAACCUAUGUAG